UGCACGAAACGAAACAAGAAGCGGCGGAAGUGGGGACCGUGCGCCAUUUUAUAUUUUUGCGUAGCAUUAAACUAAAAUAUUGUAUGUGUGUAAUAUUAAUUAUGGUAAAUAAAGUAAUAGUAAAUAAUAUUUGUGUUGAUUAGCCGAAUAAAACGAGAUGAUUAUUAUCGGCAACGCGUGUAUCGAAAAUCGUGCCAAAGCGUUAGGACCCAUCUACAGUCCGCGUUGCCGCGCAUGAAACUCCUCUAUUUUCUCUCUGUUAAUACGUAAACACUCUUUUUUCCUCAUUUACUCAUAUCGCUACAUAUAUUGUUUUUUUUUUUUUUUUUUUUUUUUUUGUCAUCAUUCUCUUUUUCAUUUCUCUCACGUUGAACGUAUUAAGUGACGGGUAGUGUCGUGUUGUGUGUAUUAUAUAUACGUAAAGAAAAUACUUUUUAUUAUUCAAAUAUGUGUAAUUACUUAGUUUUGUGAUACAAAAUAUCACACUCUUAUUUCUACACAUCAUCUGGUAUAUUUAAUAUUUCGACACAUUUUUUCUUUUUUUUUUUUUUUUUCGUUGGCUCUAACCGGACAAGAUAUUUGCAAUCAAUCGACUAAUAAACUUUCAGUGACGAGUGUGAAAAAAGAAAUUAAUUUUUCUGUGAAUAGACAAUAUUUUAGUUAACACUAUUAACGUUUAAUUUAAUUUUUUUUUAUUAUUUUCUUUUCAUUUAUUUUAAUGAAAUUAUUAACUAUUUCGACACUUCAAUAAGAGACGAGAGAAAGAAGUCUGUGAUAUUAAACGGUAAUAAAAAAAAAAAAAAAAAAAAAAAAAAAUAGGUAGAUAUAAAAAAAAACUAUAUGUAUUACAAACUUAUGUACGUUGAUAAUUGUGGCCUAGAAGGCACAAAAAUACGUUGAAAAUUUUACGGAUUUUUCAUGUGACUUGCAUCCAUAUAUGUGUAUAUGACAUAAAAAAUCGACAAAAACAAAAAAUAUUGAGGAACUGACGAAAAAUACGAGUGUGCGCGGAAAAUAAAGGGUUAAAUUUUAAUUUAUAUCAAGUAAAACAACGUGCUGAAGAUUUACGAUAAUGUCUGUUGAGUCUGUAUCUAGUGACAGGCCUGAAGAGCCUGACACUAAAAAUGAAGAAGACGAAGCAAUUAUAUCCAUUGCGGUUGCCGGAGAGGUGACCGAUUCUUGUAUUGUUGAAGUAGGAAAAGCAAGACCUCAGUUUCAAUACACAAGGGAAGAACUUAUGGUUAUUAAGGGAUUACCAUUGUCUAAACGUCGACCUGAAUGUUUGGACGCUGCUUAUAAUAAUUCACGUGGUGUAUGGGAUCCAGAACGUUGGCACUUGGAUAGGAAACGUAGCGAGACGCCACCUGAAGAAGAACAAAGAGCUGGUGGUAGAGGAGAUCAAGUUGUUGAGUCGCAGAAUAAUAAGCGUCGAAGUGGAGAUCCUCGAGAACGAAUUCGUAAGGAACAAGACGGUAUAAUCUUAAGUCCUCAACGAAGAAGUUUCAACUCAGGAUGUUUUGUAAACGUUACUCAACCAACGUCUCGUCGUCCAGAAAGUCCUAUUGGAAAAACCGAAGUUGCUCAUCGCGAGCCAGUUCGUCGUAUAGGUAGCGGGCGUUUGUUAACACGAGACAUGUGGGACUUUAGACCAGAAAAUGAAAAGAUGGAGCCUGAUCGUUCGGACUUCAGUUAUCGAAGUGGCGGUAAUUCAACGCGUGAUCGUGAUAAUCGAGAUUCAGGUAGAGAACGUGAAAAUUUACGUGAUCGAGACAAUAUUCGUGACAGGGAUGAUCGCAAUGAACGCUAUGAAAGAAGAUCGUUUGGCCGAGACUUUGGUGAUCGAGAUAACCGUGAUCGUGGUUCAGAUUCAAGGAAUGAUCGUAGUCAUGUAAUGGAUCGUGAUAAGGAUCGAGGUGGUAGAGAUCGAAAGUAUGGAUCAGAUCGAAGAAAAAUGCAUAGUCACGAUUCACGUGAAAUAGAAGAGCCAGAAUGGUUUAGUUCUGGUCCAAUUUCACAACAUGAUACUAUUGAGCUACGUGGAUUUGAUGAUCCUCCUGAAGAAAAGAAUGUAAAGUCGAAGAAAACAUCACCAGCACAAAAGAAACGUGGCAAAAAACUUGUUAAUGAAAAGGAUGAAAAAUCAAGUGAAAGUUCGGCUGGCCCGAAAGGACGUAGUACACCAACUGCUAUUGAUCAACCAAUUAAUCCUUUACCUGCGCCGCAUUCUCCGAUUCUCGAAAAACCAGAAAAUGAGGCAGCUAACGAAAAAGUACAAUCUGAGACUAGUAACAGUAUAAGUACUGAAUCCAGUAUAAAUCGUGAAAGUGUAGAACGAUCUGAAACUGGUAAAAAUCGUGAAGCAGAUAGCUUAGGCUUUAAUCUUGAUGAUUUUCUCAAAUCGGAUAAUGUUCCUGGUGUUUCUGGAUUGCUGACCAAUGGCGUUGGUGCAAACAGUGGUAGUGGAUCACGUUUUAGUCAAUGGUUUAAAAGAGAGAGUCCACUUUUACAGGAAGAUAGUCGUAGACCUUCCAUUCAAGAUGAACUUCUCAAUAAUUUACUUAGUGACAUCACUGAGCCCAACAUUCAAGUACCAUCUGUUAAUGAGUCAAAUGCUUAUUUUGCACCUAUCUCUCCAGCUAAUUCAACUAAUGUCAACAAUGCACCGUCAGCUACUGAAGUUAAACUUCUCGAAAUGUUGCAACGUGGUAAUAAAUCUAAUCAAAAUGGUCAAGGUGAUACUGCCGUUAACAUGAUACAGAUGUUGAAAAAUCCAUCUGUCAAAGAUAUGGAAGUUGGGGGUAAAGUAAUGCAUAGUUUAGAAGAAUUAGAAGCUCGUAUGAGAGGAGGUGUACCACCGCAUGUACAUCAUGUUGAACAACAAAGAGUUAACAAAACGGACGAAGAUCUCUCUGCAUUUAAAAAACUUCUUGCUCAAGUGUCUGGAGGCCAAGCUGUACCUGCUGCAAAUGGACUUAAUCCACCAAAAGGUCAUCCUAUUACUCUGAUGCAAUUGUUAAAAAAUCAACAACCUCAACCACCAAUUCAAGUUCCAUCUCAUCAAUCAUUAGUACCCGAACAACCUCAUCCUACUACAUUUGAUCACGUUGGUCCAUUAGGUCCUACUCAGCAUGCUCAUCAAGCUCAAAUGCAACAUGAAAAUUUGCUUAAAGUACUGAGAAUACAACAGCAGCAGCAGCAGCAGCAACAACAACAGCAGCAGCAACAGCAACAACAACAACACAAGCAACGCCAACAACAGCAAACUGAUAUGUUGUCAAUGAUGAUGGGCACCCAGAGAAUGGUUGGAGUAAGCCCAAUUCCUCAAGACAUGCAGAUGUUAGUCAACAAUGUACCGUCCAGUCGUGAACUUUUACAACGUCCUGAAGCUCAAGCUAUUAUUCAGGGACUUCAACAGGGUGAAAUUACUCGACAACAUUUAGUACAACAGCUUCAGAACCCAGCGAUGCAACAUCGUCAUCGUGAACUUUUGAUGAAUAUUUUAAAAAUGUUCGGUAACACUACUUCACGUACUGUGAGUCCUCAUCCUGGACCAGGUGUUCCACAUGAUUCAAUGAUUCAACAGUUACUAUAUCAGCAGCAACAACAACAUCAGCAACAAAGAAUUCCUUCUCCGAUGAACAACGCUUUAUGUCCGCCCUCGAUAAUACCAUCAAAUUUAGUAUCCACCCCUAAUAUUUUAUCAAUGCAGCAUUCAGUGAUUCCACACAGAGCGCCUUCGCCUCGUGAUCUUAUAAUGCACCCACAAUCCAUGAUGCAAAGUGCAUUAAUCAAGACUAAAUUGGAGGAACAACGUGAGAAUUAUCGUAAGCGACAAGAACAUCAGCAACAACAGCAGCGUAUCACAAGCCCUAUAAAUUCACCAUCAAAGCAAAUAAUGAGUCCAACACCACUUGCUUUUACACCAACCUCCGUAUUGCGAAAAAUGACGGCCGAAAAGGAACCAGAUGGAACUGUUGAAAAUUUUAAAAUGGUAUCUCAAAGUCAAGCAAAUCAAAUGCAGCAGAUGCAAUCAGCAGUACAAAUAAUUGCUCAAGCUCAGGGAGUUCUUUCACGGCAACAAAAUACAAUGCGGACUCAACCUAAUCAACAAGUUCCUUGGACAAACCAACCUGUCAAUAAGCAUCCAGGGCGACCCAUUGUGAAAGGUGGUGCUACUAAUCAAUUCCAAUAUGGUAAUCCAGUUAAUUAUCCUCAACAACCACAACAACAACAACAAUCUCCUCCAUCUCAACGAUUAACUCCAAAUGUUUAUGGAAAUACUACGCGACCAAACCACACAAUGUCUACAUCACUUUCACUUCAAAGAGUUCCUAAAUAUAAUGCGAUACGAAAUCCUGCUAUGACCCAAAGAUCAGAUCCUAUAAAUAAUCUGACUGAAGCACAACAAGUGCAAUCACAAUAUGUAAAUAUACAACAUCAACAACAAUCGCAACGUAAUGUUAAUUCUCAGGUUCAACUUGUUUUAAACCAAAAUUACAACACUAAUCGAACAGAUGGUAGAGUAAUACGACCUCAACAACAACCAAUUAAUAUACCAAUGGGUAGACAAACAUCAUCAGGAAGCAAUGGAGGAAGUCUAUCACCUACGUCUAAUCAACUGGCUCGAUGGUUUAGUCCUGAGCUUCUUGCUAAAGCUAGAGCUGGAAAGUUACCAGAGCUUGGUCAAACAAAUGUCUUGUCACUUGAAGAAUUAGAACGACUUCAGCAGGCUUCAGCUGUUGUACAUGAUUAAUUACUACUAUUAAAUUGGAUAAAUGAAAAAAAAAGAUUUUUUUUAAAAACAACAGUGUAUUGGAAGUCAGUAGCAGAUAGAAACAAUUUAAUUUUAAAUAAUUGUGGUAUGACGACUAAAAUUGAAAAGUUUCAUUUUUUGAUAUUUUAUUGGAAUAAAUUGUGUGAUAAUUAUUAAACGUCACACAUUGUCCUUUAUUAUCGAUUAAAUGAUACAUUUUAUCACUCGUUUAACAAAAAUACAAGAAAACAUUGUCAUUUAUUUAAAAGAAAAAUAUUGUGAAAAAUAACAAUAAGAAGUUGGUUUGAUUUCUUGUUGAGAUUAAAAAAAAAUAUUAAUAAUAAUAAAAUGAACAAAUAAUGAUAACUAUUUUAUGUUACUAAUUAUAUACCAUGAGUGUUUCACCACGCUUUGUGGAUUUUAUGGAAUCAUUGUUUUAGACUGUAUUAUUAAAAAGACUGUUAUGCCACAUAAGGUUUUGUCUAGGCAAUGAAUUAUUUUAAACUUUGGCUAAAUUUUAUCAGCAAGCCGCUAUAAAUAAAAAUACCAUCCAACAAGAUAAAACUAAAAUACGUUAACGCCAUUGAUCUCGGUGCCGUAAAUAUAAAAUGAGCGACCAUUAACCGAGUCACAUACAUAAAUAAUAAUAAUAAUAAUACAUAAUUUAUAUAAUAAUAAUAAUGUCGUUACCGGAAAUUAUCAAGAAACUAAGUGAAUUUAACGAACAUUCAAUAUUGGUGUCAAAAAAUGUGCGUCGAUCGCGAUUAAUGAACAAAGAGAGUUAAUCUACACGAAAUAAGGAUUAAAAAAAAAAGAAAUGAAACAAGUAUUGUAAUAAUAAUAGUUCAGGAAUAAGAAAAGUGAUUAUUAAUAUAUUCUUAAUUUGAGGCAGAAUAUAAUAUUGAUGUCAGCAUCUGUAUUAAUCUACUGCGUAAACCUAAUUCUCUUUUUUUUCUUAAUUAAUUAAUUUAUUGUUUUUCUUUCCUUUCCAAGACAUUUGGACUUAUAUUAUUCAUUUUUUUUUUCCUUUACACUUGUUAUGUUCUUAAGAUGUAAACAAAAGAUUUUUUGAUCAUCAAUAAAAUGGUAAAUAAUUUUUUCGCGGUUAAAUAAAAUUAUU